UCAAAUUCCCCUACCCCUAUACUGCGCAUGCGCGCUGUACCUCCGACGGACACCGGCUCCCCUGCCCCUGCGCAUGCGCAGUACUCCUACCCGGCUUUCGGUUUCAGCAUGGCGGACAGAUUGGAGAUGGAGCAGGCGGUGGCACUGCAGGGAGAGAAAGUGAGGAAGCUGAAGCAAGAGAAAGCCGGCUCGGAGCAGGUAAGGCUCUGCCAUACACCGCCCUGUGUUACAGGCCGCAGCCGGGGAGUGUAGUGAUGGGAAGGGCCGGGCAGCGGUCUGAGCUCCGGGGUACACACCUUACCGGGAGGGGGGGGGAGCAUUCAGAGAGCAGCGGGCCCCGCGGGUGGAGCGUGCAGCACGGUCCCAGCAGCUCGGUCCCUGUGUGUCAUUGGUCAUUCAUUAUCUGCAGCCUGUCACAUGGCCCGCACUGAGCCCAGGGCUGCCGCAUAGAGCAGCUGUAUGCCGGGUGGAAGCUCACACAGUUAUUUAGUAUUUUAUCAUGUUUACCAGUUACUUAUUAUGUUCUUGCACUAAAUAACAUUGACUAACGUGUGUGGCCGUGUGUAUUUGUUUAUAUUUUCUGUAAGUUGCAAAGCAAAAGAUGGUUUGAUGACCAAAGUGUGAAAACUGGGGUUUUACUCACUAAACUGGAAUUUUGACGUUGACAACGAUCUUUUUCAUAUCUUCAAUAUUCCCGGUAUAUAUGUGCAUAUAUAUUUAGGUUUGUGUAAGAGUUUGUUUAGUUAGGUAGGGAUUAAGAGGUUGAACUUAUUGUAAUGGGACGUCUAUGUUGAAAUAAUGAGCUGAUUAAAUUUAUAUACUCACUCAAAAAACUUUUAUUAACUCUUGAUGAACAAUUCAUCAUUUUAAUUAUGGGCUUUUAAUUGAUUUAUAAAUCAAGGCUCAGUUACUCUAACAGUAAUGUUAGUUAAUCCUGCUUAAAGUAACACUAAAGUGUAAGGAAUACAAACUUGUAUUCCUAACUCUUUAGUGUCCCUGUCCUUGUUAGGUCUCUGAUGGUAUGCAAGUCAAAGGUGUACUUUUGCUGCUGUUGAAGAUUCUGCAGCGUAAAUUGAGGUUAUGUUAUACAUGUUACACUCCUUUAAUUCCUUUAAGGAAUACUAACGAGUUGGGAAUACAUACCUGUAUUCCUAACACUUUAUUGUCCCUUGUUAGGUGUGUGCCUCCUGUUUGUCACAUAUAAAUAAUAGAAUUAGGCUUUCUACUGUCCUCAGUGUUGCUGGCCUCUACUCCCUUGCGACUGCAUGGAGGAGGCUGCUUGUGUAUUCAAGCUUUGCCAUAUGAAAUUAUGAAUCAAUGCUUUCCCAUGGGGGAUUCUGCUUCACGUGACAGUUUUAUUCUGUCACUGCAGUGGAAGCGUCUUCCGUGACUGUCAGUGUAACUAUUCAAAGUGUGUUUAACCCCUCAAGGUAAAUAUUGCUGUUUUUGAAAAACCUUGAAGGAUUUAAAAGAUCACUAUAUUGUCAGGAAAACAAACUUGUUUUCCUGACACUAUAUAACCCUCAGGGACCCCCUUCAGCUACUUACUUUAAUCCAGUGCCUGGUGAUCUCUCCUCCCCCUCCGACUUCAGCUCCCAAAUGGAGCGGAAUGCGCAUGUGCAGUCAGAGCCGUGCACGCUUUAAAAACGCCCAUUGGAAAGCAUUUUUCAGUGCUUUCCUAUGGACUUUCUGCACAUUAAAUGCGAUUUCACAUUCAGCGUCGCAAAGGCAGGAAGACAGCCACUAGAGGCUGGAUUAACCCUGCAAUGUAAACAUAGCAAUUUCUCUGACACUGCUAUGUUUACAUCUGAAGGGUUAAAACCUGGGGGACCUGGCACCCAGACCACUUAAUUGAGCUGAAGUGGUCUGGGUGACUAUAGUGGUCCUUCAAUUGACAGGACCUCUGAACCCAGGCCCUUUAAUUACAAAUUAGAUUUCUGGGGUGCUAUGAUGUAAAUGUAUUUGCUUAAAGGGACACUAAAGGCAUCCAGAACACUUCAUCUCAAUGUGGUCUGGGUGCAGAGCCCCUGUCAUAUUAAGCCUGCAAUGAAAAACAUUGCUGUUUUGUAGAAUAAGUAAUGUUUUCCUUGCAGAGUUAACAGAACCAGUGUCUGCCUUUCUAAUAGCCACUAGAGCUGCUGCUGUAACCUGAGUUGGACUUAAAUUCUUCAUACAGCAGCGCUGUGUUUUCAUAUGCACUUCCCUAUGGGUAAGCAUUGUUGAUGUCUAUUAUUUGCUUGCACUUUACAAUUAGAUGUCCAUCUGGGGAUGUUAGGUAUUGUUUUGUAUGGCUAUAUUUAUGAAGAGUGUACCAUUCUUUGGCUGCUGUAGCAAUAGGCUUUAAUGCUGUAAUUCUGUGUGCCUGUUUCAUCAUCCAGUUUAGCUCCUUUCAGUGUGUUACAGGACAGUAAUGUUAUGACACCUUAUGAUCCUUACAGUUUGCAGAAGAUGUGCAACUUGGUAACCAGCAAUUAAAUGCAAUGCUGAAACAUCAUAUUUUAGUGUGUUUUAUAGGAAUAGAAGAGUAAAUGCCAACAAAUGGUGAAAUCCUUACUAGAGCAAUUUUUCCUGCCUCCCCCCCUCAUUGCCUGCUAUGUUUAUAAAUAGGUUAAUCCAGUCUCUAGUGGCUGUCUCAUUGACAGCCGCUAGAGGCGUUUGCGUGCUUCUCACUGUGAAAAUCACAGUGAAAAGACGCCAGCGUCCAUAGGAAAGCAUUAUGAAUGCUUUCCUAUGAGACUGGCUGAAUGCGCGCUGAAUGCGCGCGCAGCUCCUGCUGCGCAUUCAGCCGAAGAGGAGGAGAGGAGGCGGAGAGCUCCCCGCCCGGCACUGGAGAAAGGUGAGUGUUUAACCCCUUCCUCUCCCCAGAUCCCAGCGGGAGGGGGUCCCUGAAGGUGGGGGCACCCUCAGGGCACUAUAGUGCCAGGAAAACGAGUAUGUUUUCCUGGCACUAUAGUGGUCCUUUAAGCAGUUCUUCUGAGUGAUAACAGGGUUUUUUUCUCGAGUGACAGGGCUGCUUGACCCAGUGGGGACCAGGAUGAUACCCGCUGGUCCGAAGGGCAGGCUGCCGGUUUGUAGCAUUGGGGGAUGCUCCCAGAGUCAAGCGAACAGUAGUAAGUAGCUUGAUUCUGCUAGAUACGUGAUUUACAGCCACAUGUUAGCCAGGGUCUCUUGGGAGCUAUCAAGAGACAUGUCCUGCCAUGUUGGGUGUCGACCCCGUCCCCCAGAACCCUCAUAUUUAUUUGUAUGUUUUUGUAUGCAUAUUUAUUAGACAAAUUGAAAAGGAAAUCCAAUUAUGAGCUGAGAUUUCCAUCUGACAGUGAUUUAAACUGAGUAAGUCAAUUUAGCUAAAAGUAUGCAUAUCUAUUUAAGGCUGACAUUUAUAAGUAGAUGAAGAAGAAGAAGAAAAAAAAAGCAUAGCUGUGGUAUGGAAUAUUUCUGUCUCAUUUAAGCUUGUCUUGAACUAAAAAGACAGGGAACCUCAGCUCUAAAUAAUUCAAAGGGAAAAAAAUUACUAGAUAUUGAGAUGUUUAUGUAUUGCCCUACUUUUCUGUAUUAUAUUCCAGAAUUUUCCUUUCUUAGCCCUUUGUCAUUUUCUUCUUACAUCUUUUUUUGUGUGAAUAUUUUUAGCCUAAAAAUCUGUUUGUCUAUAUUUAAAAAUCAGAAUCCUGGCACCUGUUUACAAUAUCAUAAUUUUAUACCUUUAUAUCAGUUUGAGAAGUUUCUUAGACUGGUAAGAUUCAUUUUUGAUGAGUGGGCACCGCUUAAAAAAAACGCCAAAAGUAUUUAAAGGAUUUCAUACACUGACGCAGAUGGAAAAAUUUCAACACAUAUUGUAUAGUGGCUUGAUACAUUUUAUACGUAAACCUCAUUAUCAUUUAUUUUAUUUAACUCCAAUUCAAUGUUUUUGUAAUGUUUUGCAUUAUUAGAUUGCUGAAGAAGUUGCAAAGCUACUGGAAUUGAAAGCACGGUUGGGGCCAGAAGAUGGAAAGCAAAAGUUUGUUCUUAAAACGCCUAAGGUAAUAACUUUACCCCUUCAUCCUAGGAAUGUUAUUUGUAAUUUUUUUAGUUUAAUCUUUCUGAAGCAGAUGUUUGCUUUGCACUAAUCUGAUUUUUAGCUUUAUGAAAUCAUCUUCAAUGAAGGGUAGGUGCAGUGCAACUUUGAAAAGGGUAGUCAUAGCUCACCUUUUGGAUAUGCAUCUGCUCUAGAUAAAGCAGGGUUCACAUACUCUGUCAGAGUUCCAGUCUAUUCAUUGGUAAUCUAGACAUUACUGUGUAUUCAUUGCAAUAUUUUAACUUUUUUGUCUAUGUUUUGUAAGAAUCUUAAAGGGACACUAUUGGCACCAAAACAACUUUAACUUAAUGAAGCAGUGUAUAGAUCCUUCCCCUGCAGUCUCACUGCUCAAUUAUCUGUUGUUUCGAAGGUAAACCAUUUUGUUUAUGCAGCCCUAGUCACACCUCCUUGCAUGACUAAAGUUGAUUUGGUGCCUAUAGUGUUCCUUUAACAUCUGAUUAAACAUAAAACAUUUUUGUUCUAUGCAGGCUGUGUCAGUCACAGCCAUGGACGGUUUGGCUAGUGCUGCAUGGAGAGAAACAAAAGUGAUUUAACUCCUAAAUGGCUGAAAAUUUAGAAGUAAGAGGCAUGAAGGCAAGUUAUACACAAAAAAUUAUUAAGCUAAAGUUGUUUUGGAGAAUAGAGUAUCCCUUUAAGCUAGGGAUACUUAGGAAUAAUUAAAUUUUUUUUUAUAUAAUCCAGAUGUAAUUCAUGAACAAAUUUUGCCAUCAUGGCAUGUUCUGGUACCUUUACUGAGCUGUCAAUAAACACGUUUUGAUGUCAUAGACUGCCAUUUUUAUUUAAGGCUUUUACGUAGAUAAAUACUGCAUAGUUUGUAUUAUAAACGGGUAUUAGUUGGAAAUGAAGGGCACUCACUUGGCAUAAUUUAUAUGGGCCAACCUACUCAAGUGGCUAUGGCAAGGGUUACGAGUGAAACUGCUUCUAUUCCCUUUAUGCUCUUACAUGUCUCACUACAUUGCUUAUGUCUUCAACAGGAAUAACAGAACCCCAUUUUUCUUCAGUGUGAUUUUGAGCAUUGCAGAAUUUCAAUGUUAUUUGUUUCACUCCUUGACAUAAACAUUCACAAAAGUACGAUUUCAUUUGUUUUUAACAUUUAAAGCAGCACUGUCAUGCCGAAUCCUGUUUUUUUUUUUUUUUUAAACCCCCCUCCGGCCUCCACUACAUCUAACUAACACCCUAGUCACCCCCAAAUGCCCCUAAGCCCCCCAGAUUACCUGGUUUUGAUUCCUUAUUUUCUGCCCCGAUCUUUAUUCAGGGCGCCGCCAUCUUUGUGUGGGUAGAUGAAGUCCCUAUGGGACACGUCAUCUGCCGACACUAGAUAGACUGUGAGAUUCCCGCACAUGCCCAGUGAAACACCUGGACAUGUGAACGGGAAUUUUAUCUAUUCAUUUAUUCAUUCAUCAGACAGACGAAUUAAUGAAUAGAAAUAUCAGCCGUACAAACUAACACUGAGUAUCAGCGUUCGUUUGUUCGUUCAGUUUAUUACAAGGAGGGACCUACCGGCACGCAGCUCCCUCCUUGUAAUAUGUAACUAUAGAAGUGGCAGGGAGCUGUGCUCCCCACCACUUCCUAAGCCCCCCAGGCCCCCCCUCACUCUAUGGGGGUCAAUAUGACCCCCAUAAUAGCUCAAGGGAGAUUAAAAUCUCCCCAAUGCCUCUACUCGCUAUACCGCGAGUAGGGGCAUGUCCACUAAACAGUGAGCAGCCUGUGGCUGCUCACUGUAAAAAAACAAAAAAAAACUAUUGGCCCCCACCCCUAAACGACGGGUGGGGGCCCUAAAGUAAAAUAAGGGGGAGACCUAUUGUGUGUUCCCCCGGCCCCCACCCCUGCCCGGCGGGUGGGGGCCAUAAUGAGAAUGAUUUCAAGCCAUCCAAUCACAGUGCUCUGUGUCAUUUUACACAGCGUGGGAAAAUUCUUUUUAAUUUUCCCACGCUGUGUAAAAUGACAAAGAGCACUCUGAUUGGCUUAAACCCACCAAUCAGAGUGUUCUUAGCCUAAUUGCAGGGUGGGGCAAGGCUUUAUAAGCCUUCCCCCGCCCUGCGGAGCUCAGUCUGCGCAGAGCCCUCCAUGGGUGAAGAUGGAUUCUUUUUUUUGCGCUCGGGUUUUUUCUUUUUCGUUAGGUUUUUUUUUUUUCGCUCACGAUUUUUAUUUUAUUUUAAAUUCGACGGUUCUGAUGUUUUUUUUUAUUUGGCCUUUUUUGCGGCUGAAAAAUGAAGAUUUGAGAAAAAAGAUGAUGUUGAGGGGUGGGGUCGGAGGGGGGGUGGACAGUAGGUCCCCACCCUCCCCCCCAUUAUCUUUAUGGCCCCCACCUGCCGCCCAGAGGUGGAGGGGGGGUGGACAGUAGGUCCCCAAGCCUCUAGUCACCCACCCCCCUACCCAAAUAAAAAGUCCACCCCCCUCAUUAUCAUUUGGCCGCCGCCCAGGGGUGGGGGCCGGAGGGGGGGAUGGACAGUAGGUCCCCACCCUCCCCCCCAUUAUCUUUAUGGCCCCCACCUGCCGCCCAGAGGUGGAGGGGGGGUGGACAGUAGGUCCCCAAGCCUCUAGUCACCCACCCCCCUACCCAAAUAAAAAGUCCUACCUACCCCACCACUAUUUUUUUGGGGUGAGAACAGAGUAGGGACUUUAUUUAAUUGACUAAACUUUCAGUGACCUAAUAGUCACCUGGUGGGGGGAUUGACUUAGGGCCCCCACCCGCCGCCCAGGGGUGGGGGCCGGGGGGGGAGGACAGUAUGUUCCCCCACCCGCCGCCCAGGGGUGGGGUCGGAGGGGGGGUGGACAGUAGUAAGAAAACUAAAGAAGACAGGAAGAAAUGAACAGAUCCUGAGAGAGGGUAGGAAGAGAUUGAGGAAAGGUAAGUUCGGCAUGACAGUGCCGCUUUAAUUGAUCACACCUUGAGGGGAAUGGAUAUCAACUUGUCCAUAUGCUUGGUAAUUUAGAGAUGUUUGCAUUUUAAGUGAUUCUUUAGCAAAUUAUUCUAAAUAAAUGUUUUAUUCCCAACACUUUUUAGGGCACCAGGGAUUAUAAUCCAAAACAAAUGGCCAUCCGAGAGAAGGUAUUUGAUACCAUCAUUAAGUGUUUUAAGCGUCAUGGUGCUGAGACCAUAGACACCCCUGUGUUUGAGUUAAAGGUGAGAUGUGUUCAGUUUACUUGCAAGGCUAGUUUCUGAGCCUAAUACUUUUUGCUGUAUGUAUAUAAAGGUGUUCCUACUAAUAAUAGGCAGUCUGGUCAAAAACUCCUUCCAUCUGCAGCCAGUGGAUAGUCAAUACUUUGUUGAACUAAUUUGCAUAUGCCCACCCAUAAUCCCUUGCAGUAGUAACAACACUUCAAAAUUGAGAUUUCUGUGGGAAAAGCAAGUCUUAUGGCUUGACUGAUGUGCAGAUUUGUGUUUAGCAAUCUCUCUCUCUCUCUCUUCCUCUCUUCCUCCAAGGAUCUGGUUAUUUAUCCUUUUGGAUCGUAGCCCAUGCUUUGGUUUUUACAAAAAAAAAAAAAAGUGCUUAAUAUGUUCAUUGCUAAGGUUAGCUGCAGACAUGCAGUAUGAAAUCCAAAACAUGAGGCCUUUCUCUACUCAUUUGCAUGUCAGCUGGGAACUUUGGACUAGUUGUGGAUACAUGAUUUCUUGAGUUUCCGUGCCCAAGAACACUUUCUCAAUGUCCAACAUAAGUAAUGCAUAAAAGUAUAAUAAUUUUUUUGGGUGUGUAAGUGUACAACCCAAUCCUCACAGUAGUAAAGGUAGAGAGUCUGAUUUAAACAUUAUAACAUUAAAAAAAAGAUUUAACGCUGAACAGGAUGAAGGACUGGACAUGGGGAUUUCAGACACUACAUCCACUUCAGUGAGACUAACCAAUUACAGUACCUACGUUACCCUUAAUGCUAAACUUUUAUUGGUGCUUAGAGUAUCCCUUUAAGAAGAAUUGUAUAUUUAAUAAUGUUAUGACUUCUAUUUUUCCAGUUUAGCAGAAGGGGGAAAUGUAAUUUGAGUUUACGCGUUUUUGUUUUCAUUUUUUUUUUAAAAUGUAAUAUUAUCUUGAACGUACUAAAUGAUUAUGCAGAGCAUGAAGUGUGCCUAUAAAAUGAUUUCCUCAUUCAACUGAAUAUCUACAAGUAAAAAUAUGUUAAUUUUGCAUGCAUGUUGAUAUUUAAAAUCCUUUGUUUUCCUUCACGUCCUUCAACAGCAGUUUAUUUUCUAUCUAAAUCUAAGCAUUUUUGGAAGAUCUCAAUUCACAGAAGGACAGGCGGAUUAAAUAUACCUGUGCUAUUUGGUGUAAGGCCUCAACCCCAUAUACUUUAAUUAUUUCUAGUGCUAAAAAUGAAGAAUGAGAUUUACUGAACAGACAGAACUGAAAUGCAUACAUGCAUAAAAUCAUGUUUUGUGUGCAUUGUAUUAUUCAGGUCCGGUAGUUAACACGUUAGAGAAUGCACUUACUAUCCAUUUUUUUAGUAACUCAGCAAAUUCAACUGACAGAAUCCUAUAUUUGUCAUUAAGUUGUUUCUUUUCUAUUAUUUUGCUUUUAUUAUUAUUAUUUUGCACUCUUAACUUCUAUUUAGACAGGCAUAUUUUAUAUUUCAUUACAAAUAAACCAUGUUGGUAUGCACACAAACAAUAGUUAUAACAGGGAAAUGCAAAACUAACUACAUUACAUGUAUCAUUGUCAUGUAUCAAAUAUUUUAUACCCUUCUCCCUCUGUUCUAUUUUCACCCCUUCUCGCCACCAAAGCUCUCUGUUCUCUUAUUCCCCCUGGUGACUGCAAGGGCGACAGUAUGGGUCUGAUCCUCUCACCUCAUUGCACCAUUCAACUUACCGUAUUUAUCGGCGUAUAACACGCACCUCAUUUUAAGAAGGAAAUUUCAGGAAAAAAACCCUUAAAUUUCAAAUAAAGAACUUCUUACCCACCCCUCCCCUCUUCUUACUUCCCCUCCCCUCUUACCCCUUGCAUACCCCUCUUCUUACCCCUUUCGCAUACCUCCCUCUUCUUGCCUUCCCCCUCUUCUUACCCCUUCUUACUCCCCCUCCCCUCUUCUUACUUCUUACUCCCCUCUUCUUACCCCUUUCUUGCCCUGUCUCUUCUUAACCCCUUUCUUGCUCCCUAUCAUGUGGGUUACCCCUCCCCUCUUACCCCCCCUUCUUACUCCUCCCUCCCCCCUUCUUACUCCUCCCUCCCCCUUCUUACUCCUCCCUCCCCUUCUUACUCCUCCUCCCCUUCGCAUACCUCCCUCUUCUUGCUCCUCCCUCCCCUUCUUACUCCCCCCCCUCAUUGUCCCCCCUCCCCUGUAGCGUGGCCGAGCUGCUCUGCUGUCCGCGGUGGCCGGCCGGGGUGAUAGGAAGGUGCACGCUCAGUGUGCACCUUCCUGUCAGUCCGACCGGGUACAGGAAACAGAAACUCCUGUUCCGCGCGGAACAGGAGUUUCUGUUUCCUGUACCCGGUCGGACUGACAGAAAGGUGCACACUGAGCGUGCACCUUCCUAUCACUCCGGCCGGCCACCGCGGACAGCAGAGCAGCUCGGCCACGCGGGAGGGGAGGUGAGUACCAACUGCAGCCGCCUGACCGCUCUUGACAGAGCGCUCAGGCGGCUGCAGUAUUUAAAGGGCCGGCGUAUAACACGCACCCACAAUUUGCUCCCUAUUUUCAGGGAGAAAAAGUGAGUGUUAUACGCCGAUAAAUACAGUAUUCACUUGGUAUAAUUAUAUUCAUAAAAUCUGUAACCAAAUCCUGUUGCUUUCACCUGAAAAACUUGUUUUCGCCCCUUUUCCACUCAGGACACAACCAAAAUGAUUGUCAAUACUUUUCAUUGUUUCCUUGUUUAUUGUAACUCGUUGCUUAUUUACCUGAAGAGUACCAAGAUUGCCCCUCUAAAGUCAGUCAUGAACACCACUGCCAGACUCAUUCCAUGACUUGUAAACCUCUCCCCUCUGUCGGUCUCUGUACUGGCUUCUUGUUUUUAUUUAGGAUUCUGUUCAACAUUUUGCUCCUUAGCUACAAGGCUUUACAUAACAGUGCUCCUGCUGAUAUCUCAACCCUCAUUAGCUGAUAUGUUCUAGCCCUGCCUCUCUUCUCUGCCAACAGCCUGUUAUUAUUUUGUUCUCUUACCAGUACCUAAGAGUUUUCUAGGGGUGCCCCUCCUCUCGUACUGUUUCAGUAUGUCAGACAUGGUUUGUCAGAUUACAUUUUUUGUCUUGGUUUAUCUAUUGUGCAGCGCUGCAGGAUAUGUCAGCGCUAUAUAAAUAAUUCUAAAUGCAAAAUAAUAGAUGACAUAUGCUAUAUCACAAGGACAUGCCCUACCAAGAGAAAGAAAGGAGAGGGACACUAUAGAUGUGAAAUUCAACUGAACAUGCUAUGUAAAUAUACAAAAUAGUGAAAAAGAGAUUACACGUAAACUGAAAACUACUACUACUUUGCGUCCACAAUGCACGGAUGUGUUGGAGUCAUUGAACAUGUUGUAAAGUUGUGACAGGCCUACAUACAGUAUGAAUGUGAGACAUCAAAGCUAAUAUGUGUAAGGCUGACUAUACAUUCACUUUGAAUACUCACUUUAGUGAUUAACCAUGAGUGAAGUGCAGAAAAUGAAGUGAAAAAGCUCACAAUUGUAGAUUAUGCUAACGUAGUGGACCUAUAAUCUUAAUUUUAGCAAUGACAGGAGGUGAAUAUUUGCAUAACUCUGUUUACUGAAAAUCUCCAGCACAGAAACAGAACAACCAAUCAGAAAAAAGUCAGGUGAUACAUAAAAGGCCCUGACAGUCUCAUCACUUCCUCUUUCUUUGUAGCGAAUAUUAAACAUGUAGAAAACACAGAACGUGACAAGUAACAUAAGUCCAAAAAGUUCAAUCAAACAGUGUUAUCCCAAAUCCGGGUAGGAACCUUAUGCAGAAAAAUGUAAAGGCGAGUCCGUCCCUUGAAGAGAACAAAUCACACUGAAAGAAAAAGUAAAAAGUGAAAGGUAUCUGAAUUGGCAAGUUGCGCGCAUAUAAUGAACACUAAGAUCAUUGAAACCUCUAUUAUGCAUGUCAUGGUGGAAAAAGAAAACAGAGUCAAUUAUUCGUUGGUUCUAUAUAAAUGAGAUACAUAACAAUCCUAUAAAGUUUAACCAGAGAAAACAUAAUGAACACUACAUUGUCAUACCUACAAUUCGGGAGGGAAAAGUAGGGCUGGAAAUAUUCGCCUCCUGUCAUACACUACGUUGGCAUAACCUACAAUUUUACCACAUGACAGGAGGCUUCACAUUUGCCUUUUUAAUGCUAAGAAUUAUUCAAAACAAAGGAGGCAUAAGAAGUCUGACAAAAAUAAAACCUGAAAUCCCCUGAAAUCGUCCAUCCCACUAGGUACAGCUUCUGAGCUAACACGAGGAGGUGAGGUUCUCACCGCUGUCCCGUCAGAAGUAGAGGGAACGUUGGUAGGAAAAGCGGAGCAUUGUGGGACAUCUCCAAUAAGUCCAGAAAUCAUGCUUGACUCUGCCAAAGUGGAGCUAUGAGAAGUAGAGAUACCCUGUGGGUACGUACGUGCAUGACGGAGCACUCUCGCUAUCAUGGGGAACGGGGGAAACACAUAUGCCCUGUGACUCGGUUAUGUUUGUAGGAAUGCAUCCACUGCUUCGCAAUUCGGAUCCGGGAGCCAGCUGUAGUAGUUUGGAAGUUGGUGGUUGGUCUGGGAAGCAAAAAGAGCUAGAAGUAAUGGGUUCUUCCAAUGCUUCAAUUCCUGAAAUACCGAGAGGUUGAGUUUCCAAUCGGUGUUGUCUCGCCAACAGUGUGAGAACCAAUCCGCCGUCAGAUUGGUAAUUCCUGGCAGGUAUUCCGACCAAAGCGUUUUUUCUGAUUGGUUGUUUUUGUUUCUGUGCUGCUGGAGGUUUUCAGUAAAGCGAGUUAUGCAAAUAUGAAGCCGCCUGUCAUGUGGUAAAAUUCUAAACAAACAAAAAACCUUUUUAGUUAACUAUAUUUUCUUUUCAAACCAUUUACAUUUUAUUUGUAUUUUCAUACAGGAAACACUGACUGGCAAAUAUGGGGAAGACUCUAAGCUUAUUUAUGACCUGAAAGAUCAAGGUGGAGAAUUACUGUCUUUGCGCUAUGAUCUCACUGUAUCCUUAACCUAUAUAGUAAAUUGCUUUGAAUUUAUGUCAAAAUAACCACAAUGUAAACUGGAUCAAAUUACAGAAUCUUUUAAACUUUUUUGAACUAGGCCAGGGGUGUCCAAACAUUUUUUCAAAGAGGGCCAGAUUUGAUGAAGUGAACAUGCGUGAGGGACGACCAUUUUGCCUGACAUUCUGUGAACCAUUAAAAUUAAAUGCAAAUUAACUAUUUUAUGCAAAAUUUAUUGCAAACGGCAUACUUUUCAUUUCAUCUCUUUAUUCUGUCUCUUUUUUUGUCCAUUAUUUCUUUUAUUCUGUCUCUUUAUUCUCUUUUAUUCUGUCUCUCUUCAUUCUGUCCUGUCUCUUUUAUUGUCUUCAUUCUGUCCCUUCUCUCUUUUAUUCUGUCCCUUCAUUCUGUCACUUCUCUCUUUUGUUCUGCCCCUUCCCUCUUUUGUUCUGCCCCUUCCCUCUUUUGUUCUGCCCCUUCAUUCUCUGCCCUUUCUCUUUUAUUUUGCACCUUCAUUCUGUCCACUUUCUCUUUUAUUCUGCCCCUUCAUUAUCUGCCCCUUCCCUCUUUUAUUCUGCCCCUUCAUUCUCUGCCUCCAGGGAGAAGGAACCAAAUCCCACGACGUCCAAGAGAUUGCGAGAACGCAGACUGAGGACGAGCAGUGACUGCACUGCGUUCUCGCAAUCUCUUGGCCCCCAGUGAAUCCCAACCAGGACCGCGGCGUUCAAAGAUCCAGGGAUCAUGAGCAGCGCUCGGGGAUUCACUGGGGGCCUCAACAGAUUAGGCAAAUUACCCUUGGGGCCGUAUUAAACCGGAACACGGGCCGCACUUUGGACAUGACUGAACUAGGCUCUACACUUACAUUUUUGAUUCAUUGUCUAGUGGUUACACUCCAGUGUUGCAAUCUAAAAUGUCAAGUUAAAGUCCUUGCUUUAGGAAGACACACAUCAUGAAAGCUUCAUGAUUUGUCAUGAAAACAUAAUGACUUAUUACAGUAGAUCUAAUCAGACACCUCUGAUUAAGUUGGCAAAACAUUAAUAAAUAUGUUGCUGAACAUAUACUACCCAAGUGGGAUAUAAUUUAUCUUCUAAACAGUUAAAAUAAACUGAAAAAAAAUAAAAUCCUUCAAAAUAUUUUAUGUAUUUGCAAAUAAAAGAUUUAUUAGAUCCUUAAUCAUAUGUUUAUAUUUAAUCAUGUACUAGAAUCCUGGGGAAACUCUAGCAUGUUCAUCUAGGGAGCCAGACAGUAUUCAUGGAUGAGGCUGUGGGAGGGGGUGAUCUUAGUUGCCCAAUUGUGGUUUUAUUUAAUCCACCAGAUAUGUACAGUUCUCAUUUCCUGACAAAGUAUACUAGGAUUUCAGGCUCUGUGUUAAAUAUUGUGAUAUAAAGGACACUAUAUAUUGUUUAAAGCUUUUCAUUUACCAUCAUUUGUGGUGGUUGCUAGGAUUGGACAAAAGUUGAUGGCGAUCUUCAUCUUGUCAAAUCUGCAUCUGAUCUGAAUUUGUCAAAUUUUGUCAACCUCAAGCCUUACUUUGGAUCAUUGGAUUGCGUUGGUAUUUCGGUGAAUAAUAUUUUAUUAUAAAAAAAUGAUACAUGAUCGCAUUUGCUUUAAGUGAAUAAACCUAAAUGUGUGUUUUGCCUUUCUGCUAGGAUAGUUCUUCUGAGAGUCUAAAAUGGUUUGGUAUGUAUGUGCAUGAUCUUUGAAGUUCUGUCCUGGUGUGUUUCAUGUUUUUCUCUGUGCCUGUCCCAAGUCUGAAGCACAGAGCCAUAUCUGUUAUGGAUAUUUUUUAGUACAACAGUACAGUCCUUAAUUCAUCUGCCAGGUACCAUUUGCCCGUUACUUGGCGAUGAAUAAAAUUACCAAUAUUAAGCGUUAUCACAUUGCAAAGGUUUACCGAAGAGACAACCCAGCAAUGACCAGAGGGCGCUACAGAGAGUUCUACCAAUGUGUAAGUAUAAUACAUUAUAUUUUACCCUGUAACAAACAAAGUGUAUUAGACAUGGAUUCAGACACUUACAAUAACUGUUGAGAAAAUGUGUUGGCAUUCAGUUAAGAUAAUAUCUUACAGUGAAAAAUGUCAUAGCAUUUGCUGGUCUUGACUUAAAAAACUUUAAAAAAAGUUAUUGUCCUACUAUUAUAUUUCCAUUCUAUUAAUCCCUGAAGGUUGGAGGUAGUUGUCCUGCUUCUAAACCGAACCCAUUGUGUGCUUAUUCCAUCAUAAUUUAAGGGUUUCUGAUUAAGUGCACAGCACAUAUUCUAUUUUAUUUUUCUUCAAGUACAGAAUUGACUUGAUAUCCUCUAUGUAUAACACAAGCUUCCCCCCCCCAUCCCAUAGAAUAAGCUUUACAGAUCAAAUGCAACUAAAGGAAACAAACUUAAAGGAGCACUAUAGGGCCAGGAACACGAACAUGUAUUCCUGACCCUAUAGGGUUAAAACCACCAUCUAGCCACCCUGGUCCCCUCAUGCUUCCUUAAAUAUACUAAAAUCUUACUUGCAUUAAAGUCUGGAGCUGCUGGCUUUGUCCCUGUUUCCUUUUGAUCUGUCUGCUGACAUCAGCAGAAGUGGUAGCCUGAUCCAAUCACAAUGCUUCCCCAUAAGAUUGGCUAAGACUGACAAAGAGGCAGAUCAGGGGCAGAGCCAGCACAAUUCAAACACAGCCCUGUCCAAUCAGCAUAUCCUCAUAGAGAUUAAUUGAAUCAAUGAAUAUCUAUGAGGAAAGUUCAGUGUCGGCAUGAAGAGGGAGGAGACACUGACUGUUUGGAUGCAUUUUAGGCAGCCAUGACCCAGGAAGGAUCGCUAAUAGCCAUCUAUGGAGUGGCCAGUGAAGUUAUCACUAGGCUGUAAUGUAAACACUGCACUUUCUCUGAAAAGAGUGUUUACUGCAAAAAGCCUGAAGGUAAUGAUUCUGCUCACCAGAACAAAUGCAAUAAGCUGUAGUUGUUCUGGUGACUAUAGUGUCCCUUUAAAAUAGAUUCAUGUAUUAGUCCUAACUGUCCUGCUUUCUUAAAGGGACACUAUAUGCACCUAGGCCACUUCAGCUCAUUGAAGUGAUCUGUGUACACUGUCCCUAUUGCAUUUAACUGCCAUGUUUAUAUUGCAGCACUAAGUCUGCCUCCAGUGGAUGUCUACCAGAUAGCGACUAGAGGCACUUUGUGGAUGUUAAUGGACUUUUGGUCUGGUAAUUGUUGCUGGAUGUCCUCACACUCUUCAUGAGGGCAUCUAGUGUCAGUUGCUUUCCUAUGUGGAGUCCUUACGCCCGUGCGGCACUCACCGCGCAUGCGUAUUAGCGCCUGCUUGUUUAGGGACGUUGGAGGAGGUGGAGUCGAUGUCUCUUGUUGCUGGGAUAUGGUAAGUAAAGUUUUUUGUUUUUGUUUUUUUGGGGGUUUUUUUAAUCCCUUUAGUCAACAUUCUAAAAUACAUUAAUUUUCAGAUUUAAAAAAAAUCCAUUUGAAUUUCAUGUUUGGGUGCGCUGUAUCCAAAACUUGUACUUACCUGAUCUCAAAGUACCCUCUUACCCAUGUGUACAAUGGAGUUGCUGUGAACUGCAACUCCCAUGACUUUCAACCAGAGGGCAUUAAAGUUCACAAAUGUAAUGUACCUCAAGGUGCUCCUGCUUAUCCCUACUUGGAGCACCAAGCUUGGGUCAGUUACUCAGAGUAGCUGUGUAACUGAAAACUUAAAGGAUCACUGUAGUGUCAGGAAAAUAACUGAAAUGUUACAUUUUCAUAAGUAUUUAGACGCUUUGAAAGCUCAGAUGCUUCCCAUUUCUCUGGAUGAUCUUUAAGAUAAUUCUGCAUUUCAAUUGGAGUUCACCUCUGGCAAAUUCAGUUUAUUUCAGUUAACAGAGUAAAAACCAAGCUAUUAAGUUCAUGAGCCAUUAACCGGUUCCCGGUCUUGCCUCUGCCGCGAUCUGCUUCUGGGGGACUGUUGGACAGCCCAGGCAGUCAUCGCCUGACUUAUCAAGCAACCAGAGUAGUGCUGUUUCAGGCUGCUUUUUAUUAUCAUUUGUAACGUACCAAUAUAUUCAGCUGUGCUGCUUAAUAGGUGAACUAACAAACAAGUGGCUGAAACAAGUUGUAUGUACAGGAAUAGAAUAUGGUAACGUGCAAUAUGACCGUUUUUUUUAAAAGUAGUUACAUUUAAACAUGUGAUGAGUAAAAGUAUUUAUAUAAACUACCUGCUGAACACAGGUAGUCCUCAUUUAGCAACCUACCUGUUUUACGACGGCUCGCACUUAUGACCAGGCAUAAGUGCGAGCCGUCGUGGGGAUUCCCUGAUCUGGUGCGCAUGUCUAUGUUCGGGGAAACUUCCCCAAAUAUAGACGAAUGAGAGCAGGGAAUCCCUCUAAUCGAUGUUCGGAGAAAUAGAUUAACACUUCGUUCUUAACAAUUCGUUCUACGGUUGGUAAGUAAGGAGUGUCUGUAACAGUUUAUAGGAAAAUAAGACAUUCAUAAUUAGUGGAGCCUCUUCCUAGUGAGAGAGUAGUUGGAUUGCUACUGUCAUUUGUUGUGUAAGUGUAAGUAGCAUGAUGAACUUUUAAGAUAAAUAUUUUAUUGAAUGCAUUUUAUAUAUAAUGCAUAAAAAUUUGAGGUAUUUUUACCCCGUUGUUUCCCUUUUAAUAGGUGCCCACAAACCACUAUUUUAAAAUGUUCUUGUCUUGAACUAUUAGCCAGGCUUAAAACCUCCACCUAAAAUACCCAUGAAUGGCUUUUUGUUUAAGAAGUUUUGGUUGAGUAGAGCUCCCUGUGGCUGGACAUGUUCAAAAUUGCUCAGGACAUAUAGGCCUAGACCAUCUAAAAUAGACUGCAAUAGUGGUUAAUAAAUGAACAAUGUACCACAUUACUUUAUUGGUUUUUGGUUAAAAGCCUCUUUUAUGACAGACUUUCUACUAUUGUAGGAAAGUGAGUAUUCAAAGUAAAUUUCAAUUUUAAGGUUAGACUAGCCAGACUGAAAACAUUACUGACUAAUUUUUCCAGUUUGGUUAUUUCGACCUUAAAGCGACUUUGACAACUUAAUAUCAAAAUGUAGUAUUUCAUAAAGAUUAAAUCUUUAUUAAAUAUCAAAUUGGCUGCGUUGGAACUUCACUGAAAUUCUACUUUGGGAUUACUUUGUCUCAGUAUUUUUCCCUCCACUUGACAAAAAGGUGAAGCUACCCCUGUCAAGCUCAUUAUUUCCCCCAGCCGUGGCUAGAAAAACUUUAUUUCACGCAUGCGCAAUAAUACAGCGAAAAUGGCGGCACUCAUGAGGGACUGGUUCAGGUAAGUAAUUUGCACCUUUCCCUGCCCCUCAUGGUGAUGUCAAAAUUUGCAAAGAUCCCACACAGUUACCAGGCUCCUUUAAAUUUGAAAUUCAGUUUGAAUUCUCAUUUUAGUAAAUUACCUUGUUUGGCUAUUGUCCAUUGAUAAUUUUGCUCCUUAUAUUUGUUGUUCAGACUAGAAGAUGGUCUAUCUGCUGUUCCGCUGUAUAUAAUAUGUAAUCUACCUCACUAUUUCAUGAUCUAUGCCAUCUUUUGCUCUUUGAGAUGUUGCUUUUGUUUACUGUAAUGUUCUACAUUAACUGUAAAACUCCUAUUAUAAAAUAUAUAUAGUAAAGACUUGCUGGAAUAUUAACACUUCCUAACUUAGUGACAGAUUUGAUUGUUCAUCAUGCUAGCUAAUGUCUUAAUGUCUUAAGCUAAAACUCCAACAGCAGUUUCACUGUGUGUCCUCUUUCUAGGAUUUUGACAUUGCUGGACAGUAUGAUCCCAUGAUUCCUGAUGCUGAGUGUUUGAAGAUUGUGCAUGAAAUUCUCAGCGAGCUGGAACUGGGAGAGUUUACUAUUAAGGUAAGUAGUAUGAGAACCUCCUGGGGAGCAUUCCUUGGGUUGUGUUACGUAGAAAAAAAAUAUCAUACUAUGUAUUUACUCAAGAUUUUGUGGAUUACUGAACUUACAGCACACCUCAUUUAAAAAAAAAAAAAAAAAAUCAAACUUGAUUUACAUUCCAGGCAUACUUUAAAGGGUAAUUUCAAGUGCUCCCUGCAUAUAUUGUGGCACAAAUUUUUACCUCAGCACAGUGCCUCUCAACUGUGGUGAUUUGCAGAAAUCACUGCAGUAAUAAGUCAACCUUGUCACUCUCAGAUGUGAAAGGAGAAGGGUGAUGCGUUCCACUGUAGUCAAAAAUCUUGUGCAUUGUAUACAUUUGCACAGUACAUUUGGGUUUGUGCCAUUGACACAUUUUGUUCAUUGUUUCUCUCUUAAUUAAUAAUUAAAUGCAAUUUCUAUAAAUAUGUAUAUAUUUACACUGUUCACAUACGCUAAAUGUACAGCACUUGAUUAAUAAAAGGCAAAAUACCUGCUGACACCAGGGAGACCAUGGUAUCCCUUGAUAUGUGAGCCUGUCUCUGUCAGCUUGGGCCAUUUAUAAUGGUACCAGACUGGCAGAUGAGCUAUAUGCAUUGCCCAAACUGAGGAGUGCCUAAAGCUCUUUAAGUGGGUAUUUUAAUGCUCAUUGACUGCAAUGCUUUGUGGGAAUGGUUAAAUCCCUGCUCACACAAGGAGACUGAUUGACAGAUGAGCUGUAAGCAGUGCCUUAUCUAAGCAAAGCAUGCAACUCAUUAUAAAGGCAUUUUAUUGCCUUUUAGCUAGAUUGUGGUGUAAGUAGGAUUAAAUCCCUUCUCACACCAGGGAGACACAACAGGCUAAAUGGCCUGUCUACUGAGGCCAUUUUUAGAAGCCCCAGACUAACUGAUGAGCUGUAUGCAGUGCUGCCUAUAGCUGCUGCUGAAUUAUUGCACCAGUCACGGUAAUUCUUGGGUGGCAGCAACUUUAAGGGAGUCCCCCUAGGUUCUGAACAGAUCCUGGCAGGGUCUCCCUGCAUGCCCCAAGCAGAUUGUGAUUGGUGCAGGGCUUUGCCAGGUGCCCAAUACCGAUCUCCGUGUAAUGGGUUUGGAAAGCCUGCUUCAUUCAUCAUCACAGGGAAUGUAGAUCUAGACAAAAUAGGAGAGCGCAAAUCUUAAAAGUAAAUAAAACUAAAUAUAAAUAAGAACGUGAAUAAAUUCAGCAGCUAUACACAUAUAAAGAUCCUUAAAAACUUUACACAUAAUAUAUAAACGAAAUAAAGUGUCAGCGCUAUACUUGAAAACCUAAUUUAGGUGUUCACUCUCAAUCUGAAGUAAAAAUAUAAAUGCGGAUUCAUGGAAAUACUUCCAAGUGCAGUAAAAUAAAAUACAAUAAAACAGACCACCAUAAGUGUAGUACUCAAAUAAUCGUUUCGCCCACAAUACCAGGCUUUCUCAAGACCUGGAAUGUAAAUCAAUCUUGAGAGAGCCUGGUAUUGUGGGCGAAACGCGUCAAAGUGUGAACAGCUCCCUGCUGCCAGAGGUGGAUGCACGUUUAACUAUCAGCAUCGUUUGCCAGCCACAGCCUCCUCUCCGUUUGAAUAUUCAUUUAAUCAGUGCUGAGAUUGGGUGGGAGUGUGCACUGAUGGUAACGGCUGCCAAGCCUCUGUGUAUUUUAAAGUUUAUAUCGUGGUAUCUUGGAAACAAGUACCACAACUUGCUGAUGUAAGGGUCUUUAAUUUGGGGGAAGGGUUUUGUAUGUUAACUUGAUUAAAUUGCAAUAUUACACUAUGAUAGGUCUUUUUGUAUAAUUUCAAGGUUAAAAGCCCACAGUGCAACAAUGUAUUUACAGAUGCUGUGACAUAGCUGCAAGACUAAUCUUAACCCUGUAAAAGAUCAUCACCCACGAUUUAUUGGACCCUAUAGCAAGACUUUUCAUGAUUAUUUGAGCACUACACUUAUGGUGGUCUGUUUUAUUGUAUUUUAUUUUAUUGCACUUGGAAGUAUUUCCAGGAAUCCGUAUUUAUAAGUCUUUUACUUGAGAUUGAGAGUGAUCACCUAAAUUAGGUUUUCAAGUAUAGCGCUGACACUUUAUUUUGUUUAUUACAGGGAAUGUAAUAAUGAAAACAGCCAGUAGAUGGUGGCAACAUACCACUCUGUUUUAACAAGGAACAUUAUUGAAUAUUUAUAUUAGCAGAGGUGUUCCCCUUAACAUAGGGGAAAGCUAUAGUGUUAGGAAAAAAUAGUUUGUUUUCCUGGCAUUAUAGUUUCCCUUUUAUGCUGGGUUAGGGUAGUGUUACAUAGAAUGUGACGGCAGAUAAGAACCAUUCGGCCCAUCUAGUGUUAUGAUAGUUAUACAGUCAGCAUUGGUGUAAGCUAAGGGGUAGGGUUGAUAUUGCAUUGAGGAAAUGAUUGGUAAAGGGUUAACAUUAACUGCCAAAAAUGAAUUAGGUGAAGCAUUUAAAGGCACACUAUAGUCAACAAAAGAAUUUUAGCUUAAUGAAGCAGUUUUUGUGUAUAGAUCAUGCCUCUUAACAGUGUAAGAGAUAAAUUCUAAACUAAACAGAAUUUGUAAAAGGAAGUGUAAACAUUAGAUGACUCUUUGCAGGCUGUGUAAGUCACAUUAUUAUUCAUAUAGCGCCAUCAAAUUCUAUGCAUGAAGGUGUGACUUCGGCUGUUUAAACAAAGUGAUUUAACUCCUAAAUGGCAUAGAAUUGAUCUGUGAGAUUGCAGGGUCACCUUUUACACUGAAACUGCUUCAAUAACCCAUUAACGUUGUUACAAUGUUAUGUUCCACGCUGCAAUUAAUGGGCUUUAAAGCCAUUGCGGCAGCAGAGAACACCGUAACAGCUUUCAGCCCAGGAGCCAUGUACUUGCCUUGCCUGGCACUCUGCUUCUCAAGGACUGCCUGACAGCUGCCAAAUAUGCGAGCUUCUGAUCUAAAUUUCAGACAAAAUGUGAUUCAUCCAAUAACGAAUGCACGUCUAUAUUUUACUCUACCAUUAUUCAAAUUUAUAAAUGUUUCAAUGUUUAAAUUUCCGAAUCAAGUUGCUUCAGUUAAAAGGGACACAUUUUUACUAUAGACAUUUUCCCUCAUAUAUCUAUAGAUUUUUUGUUUAUGUUUAAUAUUCAGUUCCUAUAUAAAAAGCUUGAUACCUUUACAACUAGUAAUUGUUUUUUUUGGUUUUUUUUAAUUCAGCAACCUAUGCUUUCUUUCAUCUAUCAAACAUUUGUUUUUCUUUUAUAAGCUUGUUUAAUCUUUUCAAUAUCAGUUGGUGUUAUCAGUAUGCUUUUGUCACAAAUGUCUGUCCUAUAAAUUACUAGUUGACUCAUUUGAAGAGCCUUUAUUGCCAGACAUGUAGAUAUGGAUGACCUUGUGGCAGCAGUGGAAGUUCCUGAGGCUACAGGGAGGAUGUGUAGGAGAUAAUAUUAACAAGUUUAGUGAUUCUUGGAAGUGGUAUGUUGCAUGAUAACAGAAUAACUGAUAACACCUGAAAAAUGUUCUUUGAUUAUUUGCAGACUCUGGCAAAAUAUCAGGGAGUUGGGGGGCAGCUUUAGAUCAUUGUUACCGAUUUGGAAGUUCCAGAGUAAAAGAUUAAAGUAUACAUAUAAUUAAACUUAGCAAAAUUGUUAGAAUUUAGAUAACAUGCUACUUUGUUACUUUAACUCUUUCUUCUGCAGAAGGCUGUAAGUAAUUUUGCAAGGAGAAUUUAUUUAGCCACCACUCUUGCAAACACUGUAUUUUAAUAGUGUUUUAAAAUGAAUUCUGUAUUUUUGAAUUUUUAAAAAUUUUUUACACCAAUAAGAAAAAUCUUUAAAAUGCCUUUAAAUUUCCUUAAGCUGCUGCACUUGCUCUGACAUUGCAGCAGGCAGUAGUCUCCCAAACUUAGAGGUGGCUCCAUCAAUAAUCAUUUAAUCAUAGAUGCGUUCACAGAUUUCUUGGGUCUUUUUUUUUUUUUUUGGACAUGAUGAUGGCUUAUUGUAGUGGUUCUGGUGUCUAUAUUGUUUCUUUGCAAGCCUUUUAAUGUAAACAAAGCUAUUUCAGAGUUAAGACAGUGUUUACAACGGUGCCUAGUAGCACCUCUAGUGGUGCUUCCUGGACGGGUGCUUCCUGGAUCAGGGCUUCACAAUGUACAGCACUGACAUCUAGCAUCUCCACACUUUUCAUGGAGGUGCUGAACAUUCCCCAUAGAGAUACAUUGAUUCAUCUCUAUGAUGAGAUGCUGAUUGGUGUAGCACUGUGUUUUACUGUGUAUGACCAAUAGCCUCACUAUGCAUUCCUUUGGUAAAGCAUUGGAUUGGCUGAGAUCAUAAAGUUUGAUAUCAGCCAUGGAGACGGGGCCAGCUGCGCCGAGAGCGGCGUGGGGGAUAAAAUGUGUUUAAUAAAAUGUGUUUAAACACCUUUUUACUACACAGCCGGGGUCUGGAAACAUAAAUUGUUAUUUUAACACUAUAGUGUCAGAAAUAUAUGUUUGUGUUCAUGACACAAAAGUGUUUCUUUAAGGUCUGGUUAUAUAUAUAUAAUUCCAUUCACAUAAUAUCUCAUAAAAUAACAAGCAAUGGGAAGAAAUUGACUCACAUGUAUGUGUCUCAGGCUUGGCAAAUUUGCAUUUUCAAUUUGUGUGGAACACUGUUUAUAUCUUUACACACCACCUUUUUUUAAGAUAUUUCUUUUGUGGCAUUUUAUGUUUUGUUUUUUUUCCUUUCUAUAUAUUUAUUUAUGUGCAGCCAGUAUUGUUCGCCUUACCCGUUAAUUCUUAUUCACGUUGCUUAGUUUUAUAUGGUAGUAAUGUCUGGGUUUCUAAUACACUGUAUCUAAACAGGUGAAUGACAGGAGGAUUUUGGACGGCAUGUUUGCAGUGUGUGGUGUGCCAGACUGCAAAUUCAGAACAAUUUGCUCUUCAGUGGACAAACUAGAUAAGGUAACAACAUCCAGUCUUUCUUAUCAAAUAUCUUAGGCAGCACUGAGACAACAUGGGUAUUGAAUAUAUGUUUCACGUACAGGAGCAAGGGGUUUGCAACGGAACCCUAACAAAAUUGUGUAUGAUGUUACAAUCAAAGUGAAACAUGAUUUUUUUUUUUUUUUUUUUUAUAAUUCUUUACUUUUGCAGUGCAUAAGAAAACAUACACGCUUGUAUAGACAUUUCACUGGAUUAUUUAUGACAAUAACAGAAUACAGAUACAUCAGAAAAUGUCAUGAAAAUACAGCACUUUUUUAUAAUAUACAAGGAAGGCAUCAGGAACAGGCUAGGAUGGUGUCUCAGAUGCAAGAGCUGAUUUAGAAAGGCAGAAUAAAUGUGACUAAUAGCUUGCUUUAUGAGAUGGACAAUAAGGGUAUACCAACUCAUAGUAAUGACAAAGCAGACUAACCAGAUAAUUUGCAGAGAGGCACAUGUUUGAGCAAAAGAACUGCUUAAAAGAGACAGUAGGUUGUAAAUGUGCGAUAUGGAGAAACGCAUGCCUAAUCUAAAGUAAAAGAUGCUAACCCUCAGGUGACAACUAACAUCAUGUGUAACUUUUACAGGUGAUCAGUUCAACUGAGAUAACAGCGUAUAUGAUGCUUGAAAACUGUAGUAGGUCAACGUAGUGAACAUAGUCUAACUCUAGCAAACAAUUCAAUAAGCAAUGCUGUAUAUAUGAGUUGGUACCAUUAUUACAGACACCUGGCAGAGAUAGGCAGGCUGAAAAUGCAGUGGGUUAUAGGAGAUCAUAUUAAAGAAGGAUAAAACAUGAAUAGGAGAUAAGUGAGAUAGCAUGUGCCAUGGGUGCGUAUGGGAUAAUAUAGUAGAAUUCUCUGCAAUGCUGGUGGAGCUGUUGCACAGGGUAUUGCAGGACUUUGCAGCUAAGAUUCACUCAACCCCACAUGCAGGCCAUUGCCGACAGGCAGGAUUUAUACCAAGUUGUGACUGUAAGUAGCUCUGUGAAACUGUAUCAAAAUCUCUGGAGAGGCUCACAAGGCGGCUCUCCCAUCUGCGCCCACCGUUCCUGGAUAUCUGGUAGUGCUGUGGAGAUUCUCUCAUGAAGGCACGAGAUCCGGGUAGGCAUCUGCGGGAAUCUGAACCACCUGUCGAGUGGGUGGCAGCCUGUGGUCGAACUCCCUCCUUCAGCAGCUGGCGCGGUGUCUGUUUUGCAGCUUUGCAUCAGUGUGGAACUUGGUGCUCCGCAUGGGUGUAUGAAUAUCUGGGUGGUUGCCUCCCUGCCCGGGCAGCCAGCCCAAGGGAGGGAUAGCGAGUUGAAAUGGCUGCUUGAGUCUGCAGUGGUACAGGUGAGGCUGGAGUGGCUGAGCAACAUGCCAUACUAGUCCAGAACUCUUGGCACAGCUUGUGAAAUCUGGCCUCAAAGCUUUUCACCCAAUCUAGGCUCUCGGGACCUGCUUGACUCCAUGUGGGUUUCAGCAGCCAUCUUUGAUUUACCACAUGGUUGAGGUCGUGCUUUCCACUGCAGAGUAUUUAGUGUUCCCAGCGGGGACUGGCAUAACCCCCAUCGGUCCAAAGGGUGGAGGUAAUGGGGCUCCAGUAGAUUUGGCCAUCGUUCCCUGCUAACGGGUCUGCAAUCCCGGUAGGCCUCAUGGCCAGAUAGUGUGAUAUACUUGCAAAUGUUAUGUCCCUUCUGUUAAAGGUGUCUCCUAUGCUUGGCUCUGAGCUGUUUAUAGCUGUAUAUUUGUUGUUUUUGCUGAAAUAUAGUACAUUCUAGCAUGAGCUCAUAUGAAGCACGUCUGGUCAGCUUGCGAGCUAGGCACCACCCCCAAAGUGAAACAUGAAUGCUAUCCACAUCUGCAUGUAGCAAUAUGUAUUUAAAAUAUAUAUAAUACAGAGUACUUACAACCUAUAGGGGGUAAUUUUAUUAACGUGUUGUGAUUUAUAAAGUAAUGAAAACUGGGGCAAUCACUAUGGAAACCAGUAGAGUUGGAAGGUACUUUUACAUUGGUGAUUAGACCACUCUUCAAGUCACACCACUUCUUCCAUAUGGUGUAUAAGUAAAAAUGUUUUCUCAUGCUUAUUUGCUUGAGGUCAUUGGCGGGUCAGUGUCCAACAAGACAUAUCAAUUAUCCAUUAUUGUAAUAUAAAAUAAACAAGAUUCUUAUAUCCUUCUUUUGCAGACUCCAUGGGAGGAUGUGAAGAAUGAAAUGGUGGGAGAGAAGGGACUGGCACCUGAAGCUGCUGACUUAAUCGGAGAGUAUGUUCAGAACCAUGGUAAGUCUUCACAAAUUUGUAAAAGGUCAGACGCCUAUCUUAGGAUCAGUAAGGGCAGUCAUGAUUUAUUUCUUUGCUCAGUGACUUUGAGCAGUGUCCCUUAUAUAUUGCAUUUAUUUAUAUUAUGUGAAGGAAGCACUUAUUUCAAUGAUAGAGUAAAUUGCCUGGGUCCCCUAUACACACUUUUAGAGUCACUCCUAAAGCUGUCCCUAGGACAGCUGUAUCAAGCGAUAGUUUAAGACCAUUUUCCGUUGUGUGUGUAUAAUAUUUUGAUUGUUGUGUUGAUAACAUUAAUCCUAUUAUGAUUUUCAAAGGUACUUUAGAGCUGAUUGAGCAACUACUGAAGGAUCCCAAACUUUCACAGAAUAAGCAAGCAUUGGAAGGACUGAAUGACAUGAAGCUCCUUUUCCAGUAUUUGGAACUUUUUGGUGUGAAAGAUAAGGUGUGUGGAAAUACUGUACUUAUACAUGAAGAUAAAUACACAGUGAUAUAGUUCAGCUGAAUGUAUAAACGUCACAGGGGCAUAGUGAUACUGUGACACCUCAAGGGUUGGACAUACGUGGCAUAACAGAGAACACUGGUACUCAUAAAUAAGAAUCCUUUCCCCUGUCAUCGGUGGCAAAAUGUGCAUACCCUCGUACUCAACUUUGGUGUUCAGCAGAGUUAGAAGUGUGGUCAAUAUGACAGAUCUGAUGGUGGUGCUCCAUUCAGCAAUCCGUGUUGAGCUGAAAUGCUGCUUGCCAGACAACUCUUUAAAUAAAAGAUGCUUCAGAUAAAUCUUUAGUGCAUGAGUACUGCAGAAUCUAAGAAAGCUGGGUAUACAGUGGGACUAUAUCAGGGUUUAGAACUCCAAAAUUCUAAUCUGCUAGCCAAGGGUUUACUCCUGUAGAAUUUUUGUAUGUGUAAACGCAGGGUUAAAUUUAUGUGGUGUGUCAAUGACAGACUUAAAAGGUGUAUUUACCAACACCUCGUGGCAAUAAUACAAUUUACAUGUAGCAGUAGUCAGAAAGGAGAAUAGAUAGCACACUCCUCCCUGCCACAUUCUCUUAUUCCCAAGCCUACCAUUUCCAGUUAAUAUCACUAACCCUAAAACCGGCUAACUAUUCACUUUAAUCCCCCCUCUCACACUCCAGCAGCUGACUAGAUUCUAUUGAUGUAUACAAGUUUGUUUAAUUUCUCCAACAUAUGCACAUAAAUCACAACACCGUAUUUGAUGUUUGGAAACCACUGCCUUAGAUACGCGGCAGAAGUAGUAUACGUGUUACCCCACUCCCUCUAGCAUGUAAGCUCAUUGAGCAGGGCCCUCAACUCCUCUGUUCCUGUGUGUCCAACUUGUCUGGUUACAACUACAUGUCUGUUCGUCCACCCAUUGUAAAGCGCUGCGGAAUUUGAUGGCGCUAUAUAAAUAUCAUAAUAAUAACAUGUUGGAUAUGUUUUGGAGACUGGAGUUUGAUCUUGUAUGAUAACUUUUUUCCCCCCACUUUUGCAACACAAUAUGAAUCCUCCAGAUUUCAUUCGACUUGAGCCUGGCCCGUGGUUUGGACUAUUACACUGGUAUUAUAUAUGAAGCUGUCCUAAUACAGAAUCAAGGCGCACCUCAGCAACAGAAUGACCAUGCAGAGGAAUCUGUCAGUGUUGGCAGUGUGUCUGGGGGAGGACGUUAUGAUGGUCUCGUAGGAAUGUUUGAUCCAAAGGGCAGGAAGGUACCCUGUGUGGGUGUCAGUAUUGGAAUUGAGAGAAUAUUUUCAAUCAUGGAACAAAAAGCAGAGGUAUGAAAUAUAUUACAUGAAUUCUAUGUUGAGCUCCUGUUAACAAUCCUACACCCCCUCCAUUAUUUCACAUUUGUGUACACUGGAAAAAUUAUAGGGAAAAUCAUUCCAUAAUUGUCGGUCUUGGCUAUGCUGUGCAUUUAUACCAGCUUAGGUGUGAAUAGUUGAUUUGUGCAUAUGCGUGAUCUUGGCUUUUCCUCUGCUAUGCAUUCAUAGCUGAUAGCAUGUGUACUACCACGAGCAUUGCCAACUGCAUUAUUGAUGUUGUGCUGAAAUGCAGGUUCCAUGAAACAGACCAGAAUGCAUCAGCAUGUCAGUCAGCAAGACUGUUUUGUUCUUAUAUUUGUCUUAAAACAAUAAAAUAAAAAAAACACUUCAUUCUCAUGUAUGAUAUGACUAAUUUUGUAGGCCCUGAUUCAAUAUUUUGUUGGUAUAGCACCUGAUGCACAGUUUUACAGCCUUAUAUAUGGCGCAACAUCCUUUUAUCCUAGCCUUUGUAGCCUUGCCCAUUGAAAAGUUAUGGAAAACUAAUCUUGAGUAAGAAUUACAACGUGUUGUUUAACUAUAUUUUCCUAUGUAUAGGGAAGCAUUUUCUAAUUGAUAUCCCUCCCAUUAUUGCUCUUAUAUAGGAGUCUGCACUUAAUAUAAGUCCUGCUUAAAUGCAAACAUAAGUAAAUCAACUCCCCUCCUGCCAAUGUCUCUGAACCACGUUCUCUGAGACAGAGGCACUUGCAUUAAGGCAUGCAUUUUGUUUUAUUUUGCUUAUUUUUAACAUAUUUGUCUAAUGCUUUGAAGUAUGAUCAUUUCUCUUUCAGAGGAAAAAUAGCAUUGUGUUUGACUACUUAGUGUUAAGGAAACGGCUGUCAUUUUGUUUAACAAUAUCAACUUUUCAGGCAUCAGAAGCAAAGAUUCGAACCACAGGAACCCAAGUACUCGUGGCAGCUGCACAGAAGAAACUGCUGGAAGAAAGGAUGAAACUUAUAUCAGAACUUUGGAAUGCUGGAAUCAAGGUGAAUAGUAUUAUAGACUACCUCACAGGCUAGCUGUCUAGGUUUUCUCUUUGAUUUCAAUCUCUCCUCAUGUCCAGUCAAUCACCAACUCCUGCCACCUCCAGUUCAAAAACAUUGCUUGCAUCGGCCGCUGUCUUACACCUUAUGCGGCUAAGGUGCUUGUCCAUGCCGCUGUCCUCUCUCGUCUUGACUAGUUAAAUCUGCUUCUCAUUUGUCUUACGUGUUUCCAGCUAUCCAGAUAAGUCUAUAAUGAAUGCUGCCACAAGGCUCAUUUUCCUGUCCUCUCACACCUUUCCCCUCUCUCCAGUUCUUACCCUGGCAUCUCAUAGGGCUCAACUUCUGGUACUUGUCUAUAAAUCUCCACAUAUCACUGCUCCUACCUAUCCUCACCAAAACACAAGUAUUUCCCAACCAGGCCCUUGCGCUCUGUUGAUCACCUGCAUCUAUCUUCUGCCCGUACUUUCACCUCUGACACCUACCUUUAAAUCUUCUGUGGGGCUUCACCAUUCAUAUAGAACUCCAUUCCCUGCUCUGUUAGACUCUCACCUAGUCUCCUUCAAAUACUCAUUGAAAACUCACUUCUUUAGGAAAGCAGGUCAAUCAAACUAUUCGCUUUCUGACUGAACACCUUCAUAAACCACCUUGCUUUCUCUCCUGCAACUGUGUCCUCUAAAAAACUAGGCCAUCAUUGUACUAUUCUAGCAACCUACAUUUCCCAAACAUGAAAUGCUUCCUAUACUUAGCCCCACGCUCUCUAUAAUUUAAGCUUGUUUGAGCAGGGCCUUCAACACCUUCUCUUCCUGUGCGUCCAACUUGUCUGUUGGUCCACCUACUAUACAGCGCUGCAAAAUUUGUUGGCGCUUUAUAAUUAAUAAUACUCUUGGGUGAUCAUAAAUAAUUUUACCGUUGUAAAAUGGCAUGCUUUAAUGUAUUUGCCCUUUUUGGUUACUACACCGAUGCCAGUCUGGUUUUCUGUAAAUCUGUUUGUAUGUAUGCCUUACAUUUACAUUGCUGGCUAGCAACACAGUAUUUACAUUGCUGGCUAGCAACACCUCUAGUGACAGUCACUCAGAUGGCUUCUAUAGGUGAUUCCUAGUCCAGUGGAGGCACUGCAUUUUCCCCAUAGAGACGCAUGAUUCAAUACACCUCUUUGAGGAGUUCCCGAUAAGUGCAUGCGCAAUAGCCUUCCAAUACUUUCCUAUGGGAAAACAUUGAAUUGGCUGGGAUCAUGAAGUCUGAUUAUCUCAGCCAUGGAUGCAGUAGAGCCACGGCGAAACAGACACCGCUUGGGAGAAAAGGUGAAUAAAAACACCUUUUCCAUGCCAGUCACCUAAAUAGGCACACACUGAUUUACAGACAGUCGCUGAUUUGACAUACACAUACUCGCUGACAGACUCUGACACACACGCACACUCCCUGACAGACAGACACACGCACACGCACUCCCUGACAGACACACACUCUGAUACUGACACAAUAACACACAUGCUCUCACACUCACAAACCAUUGUUUUUUUUUUGUUUUUGUUUUUUCAGUUUAAGUCCACCCAGCCUCCCUACCUUUGGGAGAGCUGAAGUGGAACCCAGAGAUGUUCAGUAGCUACGCCAUUUAUGUUUUAUAAUUUCUUUCGUUUUAACAUUAAUUUUUACCUUGCAAAUCCUGCUGUUAGAUAACUUUGUGUGUGUGUUUACAUUUAUUCUCUCUCUCACUCUCCAUUUUUUUAAUCAGUUAUAUGUUCCUCAUAAUUUACGCGCUGUAACAGACAUGUAUGAAUAACAAUUCUUGGCAUAUGAUUUUCUAAAUUGGGACAAAUAUUGGAACUUUAUAUGGGGCAUUGUUUUUAGCUGCACAAAACAUUGUUUUUUGGGGGUUUUUUUUUAUGUUUAUCUCCAGUUUAUUUUUCUUUAAAUAUCUAAUCAUACUAAGCAAUACUAAUAUCUAAUCAUACUAAGCAAUUCUAGUGCAAAUAAAUCCCUGCCUAGCCUUAUAGAGAAAAAAAAAUGCAGAUUUAUAGUUUAAUACUUGAAAUUGACCUGGCUGUGAAAGUGAAUUUACAGAGCCUAUUGGUGAAGGGACAGACUCUUAUAGUUUAUCAAACAUUUUUAGUGUGUGCCAAACCUAAAACCUUUAAAUGUGUAGACAUUUGCAUUAAAAAAAUUCUGCAAAAGGUUGUAAGAGGUCCUUUAAAAUGCCCAGGUCUGGUUUUUAUCCUAGCUUAUGCUCUAGUGCAAGCAGGUCAAACUCAAAGGCUAGCACGGGCCACAUAAACAAGGUUUAAGUUUACGUGGGCCGCAAAAAAAAAACAACCUUAAGUUUACAUAGAAACGUAGGUUUGUUUUGAAAAGUGCAGUAAAAAAACAAACAACCAACCCAGUCCCCCCCUCUGUACUAAAUCCCAGUCCUUCCCCCCUCUGUACUAAAUCCCAGUCCCCCUCUGUACCAAAUGACAGUCCCCCCCCCCAAUACUAAUUCACAGUCUCCCCCUCUAUACUAAAUUCCAGUCCCCACUUCUAUACUAGAUCCCAUUCUAUAAUGAUUUAUGGCCCCUGCCCCCAGGGAAACCCAAACAUUUGUCUGCUCCAAGAGCUGCAAUGAGUUCCCAUAAUUAAAAUGUUUUGCAGAAGGUGUACAUUGUCCGAUUCUUAAAAGUUUUAUUCCCUUUAUGAAAACAAUCUUAAAGGAAUACUGCAGACUGGAUACAUAAGUCACAACAGUAUCUUAACCCUGGGCUCGGCCUAAAUUGUGUCCACCUGCUAUUUAAGUGGAUUAUUAUGGAUUUGACAGCCAUGUUGUAUUCACCCAGUUCUCCAACAGCUAGUCAUAAUAGUUUGCUUUUUGAAACCUCAAUGUAUGGGAGAUCCCCUUUACAAAGAUGGGUCUGAUGAUAAAUUCCAAUAAUGUAUUAUUAAAUAAAAUAUACUGCAUAUCCAUCUUUAACUUUCUUUGUUUGCUGCAAAUUCUCACUGAACCAUCUCUAAUAUGUGUGUGUCUUUACACACGCAUUAUCUAAAGUAAUAUUUGCACUUUAUUUUAAAAACGGAUGCUGAGGGUGCACUGCAAUAAUGAGAUGGUAUUUUGCUGUCAACUUGCAAGUAUUUCUGAUUAGCUUUUACAGCAAUGAAAUUAAGUGACAUUUGUCUUCUUUGCAAAUGUCGGUUUUAUCUCUUGACAUAGGUACAUGACCAGAUCCCGGGUGUCUUUUUUUUUUUGUUAUGUAACCUUUUUUGAAAUAAUGAGGUUGAUGUUUUCAGAUGUCUCAUAUACAUUACUUAGAUUAGAGUUUUCAGACGUCCUGGGACAGAUGCACAGUACUGUGUAGACUAAUUUUCCCUUUGAUUUAUGACUCCACGUCUGCUUUGCUUCAUCCAGAUAAUUGCAGUUUGUAGAUUGCAAAUAACUUGCCAUCUUCUGUCAAUCAGACUUAAUGUUCUGAUAACCUUACACCUUAGAGAUUUGGACAUUUUUAUCUUUUGUGAUCUGUUUUUAAGAUGCACUUGCUAAUAAUUCUGAAUAAAUGACAAAGAAUAAAAAAUGAGAACAUAAUACAACUAGCGUCUGUAAAAAAAUAAAAUCAUAUUUGAGUUGCCUUAUCAGUCCAGUAAUGUUCAUACAAAAUAGUGAAGUAUUGCCGUUUAUUUUAAUACCUUUUAUUAUUAAACAAACAAUUGACAAGCUUUCUGUAGUUCCAAUCUUUAUCAAGUCUAGAACAUUUUUAGGAAAAAUGCUUCACACGUGAUAAAAGGAGGAACUCCCAAAUGCUUGCCAUUACAAAUUGCUGUUUGUAUCAGAACAAACUGUAAUGCUAAACUCCUUUUUUUUCCUAGGUAACUUUUUUUUUUUCUUCCAUCCCUGAUCACGGUCUAUAUCCUUCCACAGUUGUGUUAAUUUCCUUCUGACUUAUGACGCACUCACUCAGUUUCCAUUUCACUUGUUUUGUUUAGUUGUUUGUUCUAGGGAUCGACCGAUUAUCGGUCUGGCCGAUAUUUGGUAUUUUCGGCAAUGUCGGUAUCUGCCAAUAGAGAUACCGAUGUUGCUGAUAAUACAUACCAGGACCGCCGGGCCCAUGAUGACAAGCCCGGUUGUCCUGAGGGGGACCGCAGCGAGUGCUUACCUUCCAAGCAGCCCCCCUCAGCUCCCUGUCUAAAUCUUGUGAGUCCCCCAUGGCAACGCUCCACACGGCAUGCAGGCCGCGAGAUUUAGACAGGGAGCUGCUGGGAAGGAAAGUAGAGGGGGCUGUGGGCCCCCUCUGUUCUUUCCAUGCCACCUGACCGCCAGGGAAAACUAUAUCCCUCCUCUCUGGUAAGAAGCAGGGAGAGGGGAUUAAAAAAUAAAUAACACCUUUAAAUAUAUUUUUUUUUAACAUGCCCCUCCCCCCCCAUUUUACACAAAUUACAUCCCUACACACACACUCUGCAUUAUACACACACACACACACUCUCUGCAUUCAUUAUACACACACACACACUACACAAACACACUGCAUCCACUACACCAGUGGUAGUCAACCUUUUUUUUUUUACCUACCGCCCACUAAUGCAUCUUUCUUGAUGGAAAAAUUUCCUUACCGCCCACCAGUUUUCGCGCAAGUGCGGAAUAUUUUUUAGAAAGGAGAGUGUUUAAAAAAAAAAUAAUUAUACGUACAUUUAUCUUUUUAUUUCUAUGAGAAAACAAUAAAGUAAAUUGAAAUUACCUUUACUAGUGAUUAAUGAGAUCCUUGAGGUUGAUGCUGCAAGACUAAAUAUUUGAUAUCUGGUUCAAUUUUCGUAAGGAACAAAGGUCUCCUCUUUCGGUGAUAUUCAGACGACGUCUUUGUUUGCUCAUAAUAUGAUUUCUCAUCUGUGCGUCAGCUCCCCUCCUCUCCCUCCUCAAUUCCCCUCCCCACCUUUUUUUUUUCUUUUUUUUUCUAUUUUUUUAACCUUCCUUUUAGCAAUGCCUAGUAGGAAGGCUGAGCUAGGUAGCCCACUUACUAUUGCUUAUUGUAGCCCACUAUAACAGACAGGCAUGCAUGCAUACAUACAUACAUACAUACAAAGACACAGACAGACAGACAGGCACACAUACAUACAUACAGACAGACAGGCACACAUACAUACAUACAGACAGACAGGCACACAUACAUACAUACAGACAGACAGGCACACAUACAGACAGACAGGCACACAUACAUACAGACAGACAGGCACACAUACAUACAGACAGACAGGCACACAUACAUACAUACAGACAGACAGGCACACAUACAUACACACACAAGACACACAUACAUACACACAAGACAUACAUACAGACAGGCACACAUACACACACAGACAUGCACACAGACACAUACAUACAUACAAACACAUAUAGACACACACGACACACAUACAUACAAAGACACACAUACAAAGACACACACACAACACAUACAUACAAAGACACACACACACACAACACAUACAUACAAAGACACACACACACACAACACAUACAUACAAAGACACACACACACAACACAUACAUACAAAGACACACACACACACAACACAUACAAAGACACACACACACACAACACAUACAAAGACACACACACACAACACAUACAAAGACACACACACACAACACAUACAAAGACACACACACACAACACAUACAUACAAAGGCAAGACAUACACACACACAUACAGACAGACACACAAACACAAGACAUACAUACAAAGACACAUACACACAAAAACACACAAAAUAUUUUAGUCCCCCCCUGUUUCCUACCUUUUAAGUGCAGGAGGGUGACAUUCCCUGGGGUCCAGUAGUGGCUCGGGUGGAUGGGAGUCAGAGUUCCCACUCUGCCUCCCUCUGCCUCCUCCCGCGCGGUCUGUGUGUUAGCUGGGAGGAGUGACGUGCAGUCACUUCCUCCCAGCACUGUGUGAUGUAAUCACAGGGGGCCCGGUCGCGCUGUUAAAGCGCCCAGCACUGACCGGGCCCCUUUACAAUCCAUAACCAUCGGGUGGCCCUGACAGCAUGGGCCACCCGAUGAACUCCUUGGACAGCAGCCCCGGUGGUUUGCAGCGUGGGCUACGACCGAAAAUGGUGAUGGGUACACGGUCGCAGGGGUACCGCUGGCUCGCGCCCGCCCAAUCUCUCUAAAUGAGGAAAUCCCUACCUCCCACCUGAAUCCUGAAACGCUCACUAGUGGGCGGUAGGGACCAGGUUGACGACCCAUUCACUACACAAACACACACAGCUCCCCUGUUAAACACAGUGCAUCCACUACAUGUGGCAUGUAUAUUUUGUGCAUUUACCUUUAGAAAUAGUUUAUUUUUUUUUAAAUGGUAAAUGUACAGAAUAUCGGCAAGUUAUUGGCUAUCGGCCUGAAACUUCACAGAUUAUCGGUAUCGGCUCUAAAAAAUCAAUAUCGGUCGAUCCCUAGUUUGUUUUGUUCGGAUACUCUUCAAAAGUAUCAUCAUUGCACUUAUGCAUUUCCUUUCCCAGUCAGACAGUUAAAUGUGAAAUUGCAGUUGUCUUUGGUAGACUUUAGAUGACUUAACAGGGUAAAAAUUAUUGGGUCUACCUGCCUGGGAAACUUUCAGUAAUUGUAUACUGUGGCAAAAAAGUUGAGAAAACUGUAUUUGGGAGUUCAGGCUAUUUCCCCGCUUUUGCAGCCCUCCCUGUCUCAGGUGCCUCAUUCCAUGCCCUAUUUACAGGGACACUAUGGUCACCAGAACAAUUGCAGCUUAUUAUAGUUGUUCUGCUGCGUAUAGCCUGUCCUUGCAGGCUUUUUGCAGUAAACACUUUUUAGAGGAAAGAGCCUAGGGACACCUCCAGUUUCCACUCCUCAGAUGGCUAGUAGAGAUACUUCCUGGGGCAGUCCUGCACAGUCUGUCCACCCUCUGCAUGGAGACACUUAACUAUCCUCUUUAUGAAGACAUGCUGAUUGUCCAGGGUACUGUUUUAGCUCUGCCCGACCCAACGCUUUGGCUAAAAUCAUCAGAAUUGAUUAUCUCAGCCAAUCCAAUACUUGAAUAUGGAAAAGUAUUGUGAUUGUCUGAGAUCAUCACUUCUGAUGAGGUCAGCCAAGGAGGCAAAUCAGUGGCAGAGCCAACACCAUCUGACUGGAAUAAAGGUACGAUUUGACUAUAUUUAGGGGGUGCUAGAUUGUGUUUGUAAUACUAUAGGGCCAGGAAUACAUGAUUGUGUUCCUAACCCUACAAUGUUAUUAAACCUUGUCCUACAGAGAGUCCACAGGAGGAAGCAUUUCCCAAGUAAGUGGAUUAAUCUAAUAAGAUCAGGAAUUAAGUUGCUAGAAUAGGACCAGUCCAGUAGUGGGAAAAUUGGCAUUGUUGCAGACUUUUGCAAUGGAUGAUCAUAUACUAUAACUAAACACCAUUAUGUUUCAGUGUUUAAAAAAAAUAAAAAAAAUAAUUCUGUGAGCUUUAAAAUAGCCGUUUAGUGAAAUAUAAAUGAUUUAUUCGUAAACUAAUAUACUUUUCUUGAUAAAUCACAUUCCUAUCAGGCAGAAAUGCUGUACAAGAAGAACCCAAAGCUACUCAACCAGCUGCAGUACUGUGAAGAAACAGGCAUUCCACUGGUGGCAAUUAUUGGGGAGCAGGAACUGAAAGAUGGAGUUGUGAAGCUGAGGGUUGUUGAUACCAGGGAGGAGGUGAGCACAUUCAAACUGAAUGCUUGGUUUAUAAUUGUGGAACCAGCACUGCAGAAUGAUUUUUCUUUUGAUUCUGGCUGUGGUUUAGAUCAGAGAAAUAUAUCAAUUUACAUUUUAUAAAAAAUGUACAGUGGUAGGGGUAGUGUUAAAUGUACGUUAGAGCUUCGUCUUAAUAAAAGCAUGGCGGCAAUACAAGGUAUCACAAAUCUUGCAUUGUAGUUCUGACACACAUACAUAUAUAUAUAUAUAUAUAUAUUAUGUGUGUGUGUUUGUAUAAUAUUAUACUGUAUAUGAAAUAUACAGUCGAGGGAAAAAGAAAGUACACCCUCUUUGAAUUCUAUGGUUACAUAUUGGGUAAAUACAACCUCAGGUGAACAACACAUGACAUUACACUGUGUCAUGAUUUAUUUAACAAAUGCCAAAAUGGAGGACCCAUGUGUGAAAAACAAUAGCUUGUUGACCCACCUUUUGGAACAAUAACUUGAAGUAAUCACUAUCUGUAUGUAGGGACUACUUUUCCUUAUGGAGAACUAGCAGGUUCAAAGGGGCUUUGACCCAGGACUUAAGUACUCACCUGCCCAUGCUGUGGGCAAUAACUGACCUUUGGGUGCCACCAUCUUAGAAAUUUCAAGAUGAUGGCGGCAAGAAAGAAGACCCGUAGGGACAGGCAAACUGUUAGUAACAAAAAGCAAUCCUGGUCCCUGGGUCUAAAAAUGGCUGGGAGGCAUCAUAGCAUGUGGGGGAGAGGAAUCUAUUCAUAAAGCAUGCAAAAAUAAAAGAUUAGUAUUGCAGUAUGCAAUUAUACCUUUUUUAAUUUUAUUUGACUAAGGUAUAAUUUUAUGUAACUUUCCCAAAAAAAUAAAUGGCAAGUUAAAUAUAUGUGCAUAAUAUUCAUAGAUAGUCUAAUAUGGUAAUGCUUAAUCUGAACAUGCUGUAUUGUGCUGAAUCUGAGUUGGUUUGCAUAACAGUCAACCAAUACAUAAGCAAAAGCACAUUGCUGACCCAUUAUCUCUCCUGACACCGAUUUUCUCUCCUGUGUGGUCAGUGACCGAAGUCAAUUCGUCACCAAAUCUCCCAAUAUGACAGUCCAGCCCUAAAUUCAGUAGUCUUUCAUCUACAGAUUGUUUCCUUACUUUAUUUAACUAUAUUUUUCAGAUUGAUGUUGCCAGACAAAACUUGGUGGAAGAAAUCCAGAAGAGGACCAAAAAUCCAUAGGAGCAUACCUUGCACAUUGAGAGCAGAUGAUGCAGGAAAACACAGCUUCAAAACCUGGCUCUUCCAACAUAGCCUCACUACUCAUACAGAUAUUAAAUUAUACUGGACUAUUUUUUUUUUUUUUCUAUUGAGAUCAUCUGAUUGCCAUCCAUUAAAUGUUAAUUGUCUACACUGGUCAAAUCCAGACUUUCUGUUUAAUGUCUAUUUUGAUACUAUACAUCUUUAAAUAUUUUUUCUUCCUGAAUAAUUCAUUUUCCCAGUUAAAUCCUCAAAUUCAUAGCUUUAAAGUAUUAAUCCCUUUUAGCAAUAAGGACUAAAAAUUGGGAGAUGUAUCACUAAGCUGCUUUUAUUUAUAUCAAAUAUUUGUUCAAGCCCCCACCAUAUCUGCCUUCUGAUAUUGUCUGUAUCCCUUUACUGAUAAAGAGAAAUUAAGGAACAAUGCAAUAUUGGCGUCUGAUUCUUGGCCAAAAGGGAUAGGCUACAUGUUAAAUGAAUACUCCAAGCACCAAAACAACUUAAUUUUAACCAAGCAUGUGUAGGUGUAUAGCUCAUGGGCCCCUACUUUUCAGUGUUCAAUUCUCUGCCUUUAACCCCUUAAGGACCAAACUUCUGGAAUGAAAGGGAAUCAUGACAUGUCACACAGGAGAUAAAUCACUUUUGUGUUCAUGCAGCCCUAGCCACACCUCCCCUGGUUGUAUGUUACACAUCCUCCAUGAAAGAAAUGGUUUCAUUUUCAAUCAGAUCCUUUAGAAAUUUAUUAUCUCCUGCUCUGUAAUAGAACUUGAAUCAUAUACAGAAGGCACCUGCAGGCCCUAGCAGACUAUUAACUGAACAUGAGAUAGGAGAUUCCAAGUUAGACUAUGCAAUAAUGGAAGUUUAAUAUUAGAGCUCUCUUUACAUGCAGUGUGUAGGUCACAGGCAGGAGAAGUGUGCAUAGAGCUGCAUAAACAAAGUGAUUUAACUCCUCGUGGCAAAGAAUAGGGCAGUGAGCAUACAGGGACAUGAUCUGUACACCAAAAUUGCUUUAUUACACUAAUGUUAUAGUGCUUAGUGUGCUUUUAAAGGGUUACUCCAAGCACCAUGACCACUUUGCUGCCUUGAAGUAUCAUAUUCCCUGGAGUCUGUAUGAAAUGCUUCAAAUAGAGUUUAACCCGUCUGUUGCCAGAUCUGUAAAUCCACCUUCUGAUAUGUCAUUGGGAUGUCAUUAGCCAGCCUGGAUUAAGAAUUACACUGAGACCUAAAACUGUUUUCUUGGUUGGGGUAACCCUUUAACUAUGGCUACUCAUACUAUGGAUAUAAUUUAGGACACAAACCUAUACCUAACCCACCCAAUACUUUAACUAAACAUUAUUUUAUUAUAGAAUAUGAAUGAGUUGAUAUUUGCAUACAUUUUUAUUGUUUCAAAUUCUAUUUUGAGUAUCUGGUUUAGCUGUAAAGUCUCACACCCCUAGUACCAUUUUGUUGCCAUUUUUUAUGUUAAACUGAACAGCUGUAGUGAGAAAGUAUGCAUGCACAUCCACCCAUAAACAUCAUUCAACAAAGCUGCACCUAGUCUUCUCAUUGCAGGGAAAUAAUUCUAAAAACAUUAGCCACAAUUUGUGUAUUCUAAAUCAGACUAACAUUUUAAGCCUAAUUACAGCAGGAAUGUUACAUAAUUUCCCAUCUAAAUUGUAUAGAGCUUUCCUAAUUAAUUAUAUUCCCUAGUUUCUCACUUGGAUAUUGCAAUCCUGGGAUUGCAUUUAGCCCAUGUCUUAAACAUAACAAUUAAAGGGACAUUAUAGUCACACAGACCACUUCAGCUCAAUGAAGUGGUCUGGGUGCCAGGUCCCUUAGGUUUUAACACUUCACAUGUAAACAUAGCAGUUUCAGAGAAACUGCUAUGUUUACAUUUGGGGUUAUUCCAGCCUCUAGUGGCUGUCUUCCGGAAACCCACUAGAGGCGCAUCUGCGACGCUGAAGGUGAAUUUCGCCUCCAUCGCGCAGAGCGCC